GGUGGCUGCGCGACGAAGCCAGAGGAGCCGGGAGCCCUAUGCACCGCCGUCAUGGGAGCCGAGAUCCCCGUCUGGGUGGGCGGUGUCCAAAAGUGGGUCACUGGCGUCGGUCGCAGGACCACGUGCGAGGAAGUGGUGCGCGCUCUGCUCGCCUCGAGCCGAUCUUCCCGAAAGUCCGCGAGCCAGGGAGUCUACCAUGGCGCUGACCCUCUGCAGUACGCGCUGGUCGAGGUCUGCCCUAGGGGCAUAGAGCGUCGACUCGAGGGUGACUCGCGCAUCCUCAAGUUGUGGAACAGUGAGGACGACGUCAGGUUGAGUCUGCGACGCGUCCGCUGCUGGUCUUCAACGACGUCUUCGCCUACGUCGGACUCGUGCGUAGCCGAGCCACCGCGGCACCAUCACAGGCGUCGCCACCAUCACCACCACAGCCACCAUCGGAGAGGUCAGGCAUCGGGUGGUUCGAGUUCAACGACCACGACGUCUUCGAGUGCGUCGCCACGUCUCCUCCGCACCGUGCACCCGCGCAAGCUUUCAGCGAGCGUCGGGGCCCUCUCCACGUCUCAGAAUCAGCACGGGGGACAACAGGAGCACGCCGUCCUGCAGAACGAAGAGCUCGCCGAGCUGGUGAAGCGGGUGAUCUGCCAGGGAGAGACUCUAGAGCGCCAGGCGGCGCUUCUAGCGCGUCGCGACGCCGAGAUCGAGCACCACGAGGCCAAGAAGCACGCGAUGCGAGUGCGACAGAUGGGGCCUGACUACAUGCUGGACGGGUACCGACCCGAGGCCUCCGAAGAGGAGUCCCUGCAGACGUACCAGGCCACUCUGGAGGCUUACGACCGCGUCCUCCAGUUGUGUCGCCGCAUCACCGCUGAAGAGGAGAAGGUACAGAGGUUGAGUGCCGAACUGCGGCAGUACACCUGGCAACAAGAAGAGGAGAGGAGGCGCUCGCAGGAGCAACUGAAUGCGGCGAGAGAGGAGCAGGAGAGGAUGGAGGAACUGUCGCGAUCGCAGGAGGAAGCGCUCGAACGAAACGAGCGCGCGCUCAGGGACUUGGACCACGUGUUGGAAGACAAGAAAAGGAUGGCGGUGCAGCUGGAAGAACAGUUGAGGUUAGUGGAGCUGGAAGAGGGAGAUAUGCUGGUCAGGAGAUGCCGACCGGUCGACCUCUCGGCACCGCCGAGACCAGCAGUGCUGACGCCGUUGAACCCACCGGCGCCUGUCGUAGCUUCUCCGGCUUCUUUGGUGACGUCCUCUGCUCGGUGCUGUAUAGAUGCCCAGGACUCGAGCUCAGACACGGGCGUCAGCUCUAUGUACAGUUUCGAGGAGGUCAACCACGUCUUGGACACGCUUGUGUGACGACAGUGUGCGAAAACAGUGGUUAUUAGGCUCUUCUACCUGCGUUGCAACGGACACAAACUUUUCACGUUAUUCUCUAGGGUCACUUGUUUGUCCUAGCAUCGAGCUUCUUAGCAGAACUUAACAAAACACAUCAAAUAUCAAAAUUGCCCUUAAGCACCUUCACUUACUCUUUCAAUGAGCAUUGGUCUAAACAUAUUAGCAGCAUAGUUAAUUUACUUGGAGUUACUAUGCGUGUUUUUUUUACUACGUCUCAUUAUAUAAUAUGUCCCAGUUUCUUGUUGCCGAAAGAUUAAAAACACAAAAUGGGUCUCUGUUAGGCGGGCAUGUUUUCUUCCUAAAAUAUGAAUGUACAUUUUUUUUUAUCACCAAAUCAAUGCUCAACGACUGUACCUGCUGACUGACCCCACAGAACAACAUGAAGUUUGUAGAGUUCUUGAAACGAGUUUCGUCGUUAAAGUUAUCACAAGUAACUCUUAACGCAUGUUUGUUACAGUGACUUCGAAAGCGUUCGCGUUGUCAAACCGACAGAAUUUUGUGGACAGUUGGAUAAAAAAAGCGGAAAGAAUGACAUAAGUCCAUGCAACAGAAAGUGAAGCUUCGCAAGUGCCCGGUGUAAUACUAUGUAAUUAUGCAAAGUGUAUUUAUGUCUAUGAGAGCAAUAGUAUACCGACUGUAACUCUAAUCAACGUUUAUUUGUAUUAAAAUAAAGCAAUCAUGCUGACAUAUUUAAUGACACACCUGAA